CUGUCGGCCGGCUGGUGCGCUAGUACAUGCGCGCCCUUUUCUCGUUUUCUCCCUCCACCGUUCGCGUCACUGUUUCUCUGCUACGGUGUUUUCUUACCGGUAAUUCGCAUUCGCGUGAAACGCAGUCCGCGCGCGCCAAAUCGUCGUCAGUUCCGUGCAACGUUCGCACGCCGGGGAGGGAGGCCGUUCUUCUCAAUGGAGAUACACCGGGUCCAGUGGAAAGCCGGCGAACAGUGUUGUGAGUUGAUUUCCAUGUGAGCACGAAGCGUUCCGGUCGGUUCGUAGUCGGCUCGAUUUUGCCGCGUGUUCCAAUCGAGGACGAGUCGCGGGGUGACAACGGAAGUGUGGUACCGAGCGGGGCUUGUCCACGGCGCGAAUUUGAUCGUCGCGGCCACCGUGUAAGCGGACAUGCAUCAGGAGAAACGCCGUACCGCCGACCGAUGAACGUGACUGGCAGUUGACUCGAUGCAGAGGGACGCUAAGGAAAUGGCCACGUGACGCGACAGAGAAAGAACCAGGCGGCAAGAUGAACACGAACGGCAAUGUCGGCUCUCAGGAGGGUGGGAACGGUACCGAUUACGGCUCGAGCGAGGAGACGGCGGCCCUGCUCAGCAGGGCGCCACCCCCGCCGGUCGUUGUUGCCGCGGCGUCUCAGGGCAAGCCGGUGCUCACGCGACAGGAUCGAGCAACCUUUUUGGUUGCCUCGCCACAGUUGUCCGUCUCGGGGCUCGGCGGCUCCGAGGAGAGCGGCACCACCGAGGAUCCGGCCACGAGAUCGGUACCGGACAUCGAGCUGCACUGCAGGCUCGACGGCGAGGCCCAACCGCAGCCGCAACCGCCGCAGCCUCAACCGCAGACGCAAUUGCAACAAACGAUCAUGCCUACCGGUUACCGAACCAGGCAAUCUUCCCACCAGCACAGGUGUCGCUGCGAUCGUAGGGACUCGUUGGCUCCUUCUUCGGCACUGCACCUGGCCAGGAGCGUGUCCAGGGAAAGCGUGAAGAGCGGGCAUCACUGUUGCCCUUGCCAGGUGCCGCCCCCUCCGGUUCUGGUUACAACGUCGCCGAGCGCACGCAUAAUACGACAAAGCUCGCAACCGGAAGCGUCCGCGUGCUGCUGUUCCGGAUGCUGUUGCCCCUUGCACACCGGCACCGCGCCAAGUGCUGCCUCUCUGCGGCAGUUGCGCGAGCCUAGCGACGGAAUUGCCGGCAUCGCGGCGGACUCGCUGCGGAUCAAUGGCGGUAUUCGACAAUUCCGGCAGCUACGGAAGCCAGUGUCGACACUCUCGAUCCCGGGGGCGAUGAAGAACAGCGGCGGCGUGGCCGGGGGCGGCGUGGGGGUCGCCGGGGGCGGCGGCGGGGCUGGUUGCGGUAGCGGCGGCGCUACCGGAACCGGCGAGGACGCUGGUAUCGCCCUGGUCGGCGUCCACUCGGAGUACCCACGGUACGUGGACGACCGCGUGCUAGCCGGUGGCCAGGUGAAAGGACCAUCGGGCAGCAUUGGCCCCGGCUCGAAGCACAAGCCGAACGUUGGCUACCGGCUCGGCAGACGGAAGGCCCUGUUCGAGAAGCGGAAACGCAUCAGCGACUACGCGCUCGUCAUGGGCAUGUUCGGCAUCAUCGUGAUGGUCAUCGAGAACGAACUGUCCAGCGCCGGUGUCUACACCAAGAAUCAUAGGGAAUAUGGUACACUUCACCAUGAACGUGGGAACUGAACACACGUCGCUAUGGAUAUACUACUAUGGAUAAACUAUAAUACUAGCAUGAAUACAUCGUGAUGGACGUGG